CUGCCAUUUUCACGAGACGCAUUUAUCACCCGGGAUAAAAAAUGAAAAAUGGCUCUAACAGCUUUUCUAUUCUUUGCUGUCAUCACUGAAGGUCUGGAUGGAUACCAUAUGGAAAACAAUCUCGUUUUCAGUGUCACGGUGGGCCAGAACGUCAGCAUACCAUGUGUUAUGGAGGAAGAAAAAAAUUUAAAUAUUGCCCAGAUCGAAUGGAAAAAGGCUGAAAGAGGAAAAGAAAAUAAAAUUGUAGUUUACAAUCCCUCAUUUGGGACAAUCUAUAUGAACAAAAAUGCUACAUUUGAGCCUUUGAGGAAGGGGAAUCCUUCUACAUUGUAUGGUUCACUUCUACAUUUAUACAACAUCAAUUCUUCAGAUAUGGGCCAGUUUGUUUGUGAGCUCACCACUUUCCCCUUGGGAUCAAUAAAGAUCAUCAUAAACCUCAUCAUCACAGAACCUGUUUUCAAAUUAUCCAUUAAUGUGACUUGGCCAAAAAGGUCUAUAAAAGAAGGCGAUGACGUGAAUGUCCAUUGUGAAAGCAAUAUUCCAGUAGAGCAGUAUUCCCUCUGGCCUCUAAACAAUAAAACUUCCAUCUACAAAAGCAAGGAUGGCUUGUUCAUCUUAAGGAAUGUCAAACGAGAUGAAAGUGGCCUGUACUUUUGCAAACCUGAAUGGCUCCAUUCAGACCCUUUCAAGGAUAAGAACAUCACAGUAUACAUUCAAGUUCAUUAUCUGGAUAAAAUUGAAUGUGAUAUUCAGAGUCCAAUAGAAGCUGAUCUAGGUACAAAUCUAAAGAUUGACUGUCAUUCAGAAGCUUCUCAGCCUCCUGAAUACAUUUGGAAAAAGGACAAUAUGACUGUCUCACGUUCCCGUAUUCUACAAAUUGAAAAUGUGACCAGUGAGAUGACUGGAGUCUACAAACUGACAGCUACAAUAAAGGAUGUCGUCCUUGAACGUCAGAAAGAGUUUUAUAUAACUCUAACGAAAGGGACAGUAAUUCCUUCAAUCACAUUUACAACCGCUUCUCCUGGUAUUACUCCAAACAUAAGCAAGACUGGAGGAACGGAUAUGUACACGGAUGUUACUGCAUCAACACAAGUAGCAUGGACCACUGAUAGCCCUGGGCAGGUUACCAACAUUUCCAGGACCACAAUGACAGAACAGGAACGUGACACAACCUCUUCUGUGAAUGCUACUCAUGGACAAGGCUACUCCACGCAUCAUUCAGCAAGUACUAGCUGGCAGAACUCCAGCAUGUCUUAUAAUGAAGAAAACAGCACAGACUUCGCAACCAAAGGCAAAGUCUCAUAUCCAGUCCCAGCCACUCUCAAGUACAACAUAACAUCCUUCACUCAAACCCCUUGGGGUUUCAACACAUCUGUAGUAAUAGACACAGGUGCCACAGGAGGUAAAGAAGGCCACACAACAGUAGUGUUUAUUAUCCUGCCAUGUCUGGUAUGCCUCAUUCUGAUUGUGGUCCUGGUCAGAAGAUACAUACAGCAGAAGAAAUUGGAUGAGCCUCCAUCAUUUAAACCUCCUCCCCCGCCAACGAAAUACAAGACAAUUGAAACACAGGAAAUGGUGGAAAUAAACUUCAAAGAUAAUGCAAUUAAAUAGACAAGCAGCACAGUCAGCUCUGAAAUGAGCCUUUUCUUAUGAGUCUGAAAUCCUUGCUACCCAUUUUGAGAACUUUUAGCCUUUUUCCAUUUUAAAUGCCCUAGGAACGUCCUGUGGUAGGUUAAUUUAAGAGGGGUGACUUUGGGGGUGGCAUUUAGAACUCACUGCCACAAGAGGGCACAACAUUUGACCUCUAAUUAACCGUAAACAGCCACACUAGGGUGAUUUAAUUAUUGGGUAAUUGGUAAAGGCUUUAGAAUUUCAUAUUCUCACAGAGUGUUUUAAGCUUUUUCUGUGUUUAAAAAGCAUGCAAGGUGCUACUGUUUUGUUUAGUGUUGUUUUGCUGUGGAACUGAAAAGCCCUUUGGAUUUCACUACUCUGUGGCUGUUUUUUGUGUGUGCAGUCUCUUGGGACUGCUCUGGUUAAGGGAUGGGUCUGUCACAAUCCCUCAUUAGCCAAUGAAAAUAAAGCUCAGUAUGUAUCUUCAAAACUGAAUUAUUACAUUCAGGCAGCCUAUUUUAUCCAACUCUCUAUCAUUCAAAACUGGCCACUGUGAUGAACAAGAGAGGUCACCCUCAAUCAAAUUCCAAUGUCUAGAAUGGAGUGUAUACCUAAUGUAAACAUUCUUCUGUCAGAUUAUACAGUAUGUCUACAA